GUCUCGCUCUCACACAUUCACUUCGAGUUUGACCCGUUGCCAGCCACCGGCAGCUAUUUUCUCUCGUACUCAAAUGGCGACCCCACCCUGCACUCUCUAGAGACUAGAGAGGAUCUAUCUAUAGUUGAGCCCUCUUUUUCUGAAGCAGAAAGGUUAAACAACCUUUCCUCUUCCUUUCACCUCUCUCUCUCUUUCUUUCCUACUCUGAAACCCUAGUACUACUUCAGCAGAUUAGGGAAAUAAAGAGAAAAACCGCAGAACAAAACGAUAUCCUCCCAUAUCUUACAUAGCCUUCGUGGAGACCCUCCACCUGAUCUUAUGGAUUCUCAUAAUUUGCUCUCUCUCUCUCUCUCUCUGUGCAACUUUGCCAACAUCAAACCUCUAAUUCUUCUCUUUCCAGGUUUCUUGAUUUGUUAGCUUUCAUAUUUGUUUUCCUUUUCCUUGAUCACUACCCUAACUUUUUUACUUUUAAGUUACAGGCCGUUAGCUAUGGAUUCUGGUGAUAGUGGAAGCUGUAUGCAGUCUUCUAGUGGUGGUGACGAAGAGUACGAUUCACGGGCGGAGUCAGCCCCGACCUUCAUGAAUCCUCCCGGCCACUAUAGUUACAUCUCAAACCCACAGCCAUUGAUUUUUUCUCGAAACCAAAACCACCAAUCCGAUUUGUUGGAUCUUUCAUCUAAUUAUCAUCAUGCUUUCUCCCAAUCUCAAGUGAACUCAAACCCCAAUUCCAUGCUAAAUCUCGAUGCGGUUCCAUGUAGAGGCCUAAGAUCUGAAGCCAAUGGCACAGACGACAUUGGAAACCUGCCAGCCGCAGCCGCCUCAUCACUAUCAGGCCAAUUCAGUUCCCAGGGUUCACGUCCAUCAUCGCUGCAGAUAAGACCUGUUCAUGACGAUAGUACUGCACGAGCUACAACACAACCCAACGUUGCCCGCAACUCCAAGAAGCGAACUAGAGCUACAAGGCGAGCUCCCACCACUGUUCUCACCACCGAUACCUCGAAUUUCAGAGCGAUGGUGCAAGAAUUCACUGGAAUUCCCUCACCACCCUUUUCAGCCUCACCCUACUCUCGCCGACUCGAUCUUUUUGGCAGUAGCUCGGCCUUGCGGUCCUCUGGUAAUUUGGAACCAGUGGGAGUUCAUUACCCUUUGCGUCCUUCUCCCCAAAGAGCGCACCCAUCUUCAUUUUUGUCCUCUUCUCCUUCUUUGUUGAGCAACGUCACACUGGGUGAUGCUUCUACUAUUGCUAGUAGCACUGCUAACAACAACCUUUCAAGACAGCCUCGAAAUAUGCGGAACGUCCAAACCCCAAUUCUCGCAUUUCAGUCUCUUCCACAGCCAUCUGAUCUUCAUCCUUCACUUAAUGUGUCCGGAUUUGGUGCACCGUCUCCCGGAAGUGUGGCGAUACCAUUUCUUGAGGAAUUGGGUAUGAGACAUGGACAUGUCAAUGCAAACCUUAGUGGGCAUCCAAAUCAUGUAUUAGCUGGAUCGAACAAUGCCAGUGAUCAAGAUCAUUUGAGGUCUUUGGAUGAUAGUUACGGUAAAUCGGCCAGUGUUGGUGGCUGUAAGUUGAACUACUCGGCAUCUCCAUCAUCGGGCUUCAUCAACCAUGAGAAGGUUUUUCUGAAUAUGUCUGCAAGGGAUCAAGGUACGGUUGAUUCGUGGAUUUGUCCUUCCGAUUAAAUUAGAAUAGAGAGUGCUACGAAUCACAUGCAGUAGUACUGUUAAUAAAAGUUCGAUCGAUACGAAGAGGUUUAAUUUUGCUGCGGCGAUAAAAGUAGUGGUGGUAUUGGUCAAUCAUUUUAGCUUGAGAUAUAUAGUAACCUGAUUACCCGCCCAUCGCUUGACCUUAGCCAACUUGCGGCAUCAUAUUCAUGUCUUUUUUAAUGUUUCUUUUCAGUUUUAGUCAAAGAAUAAUAUUAUGUAAGGCAUCAUAUUAUUUUAAUUGUGUACGUAGAUAUAUAUUACGUUUUUCUUUGCUGUAAUUGAGAUUAUAUUUGCACCGGAUGCAUAUAAAACUGAGUUUUCCUCUAUCGCUU